GCGCGCGCGCGUGCGUGUGUGUGUGUGUGUGUGUGUGGGUGUGUGUUUCCCUUCUAGCUUAAAGCCUUUCAGUCUCCAGCAGGACCUGUCAUCAAUGACGUCAAUCAUCCAGCGCCGGCCAAUCAGAGGGUGGGGUAAUUGUUUAGCUCUCUGGGCUGCAGCCGUGUCCAUGAAUCUCUAUUCAGUAUCUCCCAGCGUCCUGCUGCUGCCUCUCAAGCGUAUGGGAUUCCACGUAGGCAUUAAAAAGAAAAAAAAAAAAAAAAAAAAAAAAAAAAGCCAAAACUUGAAAAAAAAAAAAACUUUGCAAAAGUUUUUUUUUUCUUUUCCUCCUCCCCGCUGUCAGGUGACUGUAGCGUUAGAAGCCAUGAGUGUGGAGGCUUUGGGGAGCCCAGUGAUGGAACCAGCUGCACUCUCCAAACGGAACCCGGCGCUGAGAUUAGUUGACUUGGCAGGGGCUCAUCAUCACCAUCACCACCAUCAUCACCAUCAUCCCCCACAGAGCGUCACAGGCUUCCCGGGGUUCGCCGGUCACCCCCACUCAAUGGCUCCCUCGCACCCUGGGGAGUACGCUGCUGAAUCCCGCCUAGGGCCGAGUCCAUUCCGAGCCGAACACAUGGGGCACCAUCAUCCCUCGGCCCUCAAACUCAGCCCUGCCCAUCAUCCUCAUCCCCACCACCGACACCAACAUCAUCAUCAUCACCACCACCACCACCACCACCACCAUCCUUCUCCUCCUCCUCCUCCUCCUCCUCCACCUUCUCAUUCUAUGGCAGGAGGCCACGCUGAGGUGGUCGGUAGUCCAACCGGAGCGUUUGGCCCAGUGCCUUCAACAGCUAUCCCUUACCCUGUCUCCCACCCCGCUCAGGCGCUUACGGCAGGUAGGGACUUCUUAAUACGCAGAGAUCUGCCAGCCCCCAUGAUGCCAGGGCUAAACGAGCAGCCCCCUGCUCCCAAUUCUCACCACGGAAUGUUUGUCUCAACAACAGGUAGCUAUUCUGGACACCAUGGCCACCACCACCCCGAAGCUGGGCACCACUCUAUUUUCUCUGGACUCCAUGAGCCGCCUCCCCAGGCCUCCCCAGGUGGCCAUCUGAACGGACAGAUAAGACUGGGGCUACCUGGAGACAUGUACGCCAGGUCCGAGCAUUUCACUCAAGUGCCCGCGUCCAGGACAGAUCCUUUCGCUGCAGCUUCUCUGCAUAACUACGGGGGCAUGAACCUGAACGUGAACCUAGCUCCCCACCACGGCCCCGGAGCCUUCUUUCGCUAUAUGCGGCAGCCCAUCAAGCAGGAACUCAUCUGUAAGUGGAUCGAGGUGGAGCAAGCGCCCAAAAGACUUUGCAACAAAACUUUCAGCACCAUGCACGAGUUGGUAACUCAUGUCACGGUGGAGCACGUUGGCGGCCCGGAGCAGUCCAAUCACAUCUGCUUCUGGGAAGAGUGUCCGAGAGAGGGGAAACCUUUCAAAGCCAAAUACAAACUUGUAAAUCACAUCCGAGUCCACACGGGGGAAAAGCCCUUCCCCUGUCCUUUCCCGGGGUGUGGGAAAGUGUUUGCUAGAUCAGAAAAUCUCAAAAUACACAAAAGAACUCACACAGGAGAAAAACCAUUCAAAUGUGAAUUUGAAGGCUGUGACAGACGAUUCGCGAAUAGCAGCGACAGGAAGAAACACUCUCACGUGCACACCAGCGACAAGCCCUACAACUGCAAAGUGAGAGGCUGUGAUAAAUCCUACACGCACCCCAGCUCCUUGAGGAAACACAUGAAAGUGCAUUGCAAGUCUCCUCCUCCGAGCUCGGGUUACGAAUCUUCCACCCCUUCCCUGGUGUCGCCCUCCUCGGACUCCGGGCGGGACCCCCCCGGCUCGGCUGCAGCCCCCGCGGAGCCGGGCGCCUCGUCGCGGGCGGCGAACCUGAGCGAAUGAUGUCCACAGCGUUGCUCUCAAGGUAAUCUAGACAGACGCAGCUGAAAGCUUGAAUCUUAUGCCUUAGACAUCAAAGGCAGAUUGCACAAAGAAGUAUUUCUCCGCAACGGUGAAUCUUCAUGGUAAGUUAGGAUUUCUAUGGCAAUAGGCAAGUCAUACUUAAAUACUGAAAGGCGAAGUCUGGAGCCCGUCCAGUCUUUUCAUUAAGGACAUAAUAUUUACGUCUAACAGGCCUUUUUUCUUGUGUAUACAAGUAUAUAUUUUUGUUUGACGCGAACUAAAUCAUUUUCAUUUAAUUUCCGGUAAACAAAAACCACGCGAAUGGGCACUUGUUCCAGAUCAUAAUAAAAAUGGAUAAUAAUGUCAGGAAGCAAAGAGCCGCCUGAAUUGACGCGUCAGUUCCCCUUUGUCUCUGCAUUCUGCCGUGAUCAGAGAAUGCAUUUGGAUUUGAUGGCGAGUUUCUAAAGGCAAGGAAAUGGUUUUUAAGGGGGAAAGAAAAGGAGAAAGGUCUAAUCAAGCUCGGGUUGUUCAAAGAGUCUGAUUUUGGGGUUGAAAGUGUGAGUUUUAUGGUGCAUCUACAUGGCACGUUAGGAUCGCUAUGGUAAUGAGGAAAGCAAAAGCAAGCGGCCCUCAAUGGAGGCACACUCCAUUUGAGACAGUCUAUUAAGAUACAUUUGCACUGACCUUUGGUUUCAUGCUAGUUUAAUACAGUCAAUCUGCUCUCCAUCAUAUACUUCCUGCACAUAAUACACUUUCUCAAAUUUGGGUGUUUGUAUUUACCCGAGACCCUGGCUCUUAUUGUGCCUGAGAUUUUAAGUCAAUGUUCUCCCCUUACCCCCAAUCAUUACUGUUCUUAUUAUUACUAUGUAGUCGUGUUGUGCGCAGUGUUGUUGUUUAUUAUCAGAAAAGGAAGAGCUGGUCUCUGAGAACCUUUACUGCCCCCCAAAGACGAUCCAGGGUCAGUGGUGAAUGACUCCUGGCAACGUCAGAAGCUUUAAAACUAAAAUCGAAAAAAGAAAGAAAGAAAAGCAGAUUUCAUCCAUCAGAACACUUCAUUUUCCUGUCCUUAAAUUAGCUGAGCUUGGAAGACCAGGACAUCGAGAUGGGCUAUGGGAAUGAGCCAAAAUCUCAGAAAGUAAGGAGGACUGACUACUGUCACCAUUUCCAAGGCCCUUCCUCAUUUAACUGCCUACAACCUUCCCUUAUCCCAAGAAAGAGGGUUAUCAAAGUCUAAAUGGCCCAAGUGCCCCUGUUCUAGGGAUCCCGCUAAGGGCAGCUAGGAAAAAACUUAGUCUGGAGGAGAUUGGGUUGGGCAGGCAUUCCUGGGAAGGAAGGCCAAGGCAUUAGGGAAGAUCCCAGGAAAGUUAGAAGUCCAUGUUUCAGUAAUUGUCUUGUUGUUUAUUUUAUCCAAGUACCCCAGUGAAUAGGGGAAAAAUAAACACGGUGAAAAAAAAAUUCAAACAGUUGAGUCUUCUUUAGUGCCAGCCCUUGUGGUUGAAUAAAAAGGAUGGUCCGCUUUCUAUUGAGCUGAGAAAUCUUUGAAGUGGGAGUUAUUAUCUGAGACAUUCCUGCUUGUCGUCCUAACAACGCUGAUGAAACGUAAAACGGGCUUUGUUGGCGAUUUGUUCUCCUCUCUGUCAAACUCCCCCUGCCCGCUAGCUUUAAACCGUUUCUAAAGAGAUAAAAUCAAACUUUUUUUUUUUUAAAGAUAACUUUAGGACUCUCAAGUCUAUACAGCAAAGAGCAAUCCACAUAAAUAUAAAAAGUCUACAGACUUGCCCGUCUGUGAAGACCCCAGCACACACACACACACACACACACACACACACACACACACACUUUGGUACACAUUUAAGAAAAUGGCGAUGUGUGUGUGUUUGUGUGUGUGUGUGUGUGUGUGUGUGUGUGUGUUACAUGGCCAAGUCGAACACUUUCAGAGACUGGGGAAUUUAGGAUUCUUUUCUUAAAUAAGAGGAAUCUUAGCUACUGGUAUCAGUUGAUUACCUGAAAGAGGUGGAAGGAGGAGGACACGUUCUUUUAGAAAGUCUCUUGUCCAAAUAAACCACAGAAUUCACAUCCCUCAACAUACUGUUGUCAACCCUCAAAGUCAAAAGGCAGUCCUCAACCAAAAAUAGACUCAUUCUAUUUCUCCAUUCCCACCAUAGAAUCACCAAAUCCCUCUAGGAAAAAUAAAAUAAAAGUAGGUGAGAGAAUUGGGCCUGCUCCAGUUUAAUAGUUACAAUUCAGUGUUUACAUUGGAAUAUCUGAAAAAUAAGUAAGGAAGCAGUGUAUUCCCGCUAAUAGGCAUGCAAACGAAAAGUCCCCUGUGAGCCUACGAAUGAAUCUUCUUACUGUGUGUAUAGCCAGAUCUUGGAGCUUUUCUUGGUCCUGGUUCUCUGAAACCUUAUGUUGUGCUUUUAAAGGUGAUUUAAUACACACACACACACACACACACACACACACACACACACACACCAUUCAGGAUAUUUAGGAGGUCCUCCUUCCCUCCCCUGUGUGUGAUGACUAAAUGAUUUGUAAAGAAGUUUCCUAAAGCUGUAACCCAUGCUGUUAUUAUAGUUGCUGCAAAAUGUUGUCUUUUCUAUUGAUUUUUAUUUGUUUACUGGAGGUCCCCAUAUGUUUGUUUAUAUCGCUAAUUUAUGGGAAAAUGUAAUGAUCGCAAUGAAUGUGAAUUAUACAGACAGGAAAACGUUUUGUAACCGUAACUCACAAAGAAUGCCCUACUGAGCCCUCUGAAUAUUUCUCAUCCUUCCCUUCCAGAUUGUGAUUUAUAUCUUGCCUUCAGCAGGAGUUAAAUUAUAAAGUAACUUUAAAAAAAAAAACAAAAAAAAAAAAAACUUGUUCUGUUGUUUGAAAACGACUAUACUACUAUGGAAAGAAAAUGUUCCAAGUAGUUGAUGAAUCUUGCUGUAAAUAUGUACAACUUGAAUUCUGUGACUUUCCACCAAGAUAUAUACUACAAUGUGUAGAUGAUGUUUCAUUCCCUUCUUUCCAUUAUUCCAAAAUAAACGACAUAUGCAUCUUCCCAUUCUAUUUCGAUUCU